CGCCGUCCAAACUCACCAAUGACAUAAACCUGCUUCGGGGAAGGCGGGACUUCCGGUUACUCGUAUAAACCAACUGAGGCCUCCCAUGCGGUUUUGAUCUGUCGGUGCAGUUGGAGCUAACGCCGUAAAGACACACACAAUGGCUGAGAAUGAUGUUGAUAACGAGCUGCUGGACUAUGAAGAAGAUGAGGAGCCUCAAGUAGCCCCUGAGAGCGCCGCCCCCGCAGGCAAGAAGGAGGUGAAGGGUUCCUAUGUUUCCAUCCACAGCUCCGGCUUCAGGGAUUUCCUUCUCAAGCCAGAGCUGCUUCGUGCCAUCAUUGACUGUGGUUUUGAGCAUCCGUCUGAAGUCCAGCAUGAAUGCAUCCCACAAGCCAUCCUUGGCAUGGACAUCCUCUGCCAAGCCAAAUCCGGUAUGGGCAAGACGGCGGUGUUUGUGUUGGCGACACUCCAACAGAUCGAACCUGUUGACGGGCAGGUGUCUGUAUUAGUCAUGUGCCACACGCGAGAGCUGGCCUUCCAGAUCAGCAAAGAGUACGAGCGCUUCUCCAAGUACAUGCCCACUGUAAAAGCAGCAGUAUUCUUUGGCGGUCUGGCCAUCAAGAAGGAUGAGGACGUCCUGAAGAAGAACUGCCCUCACAUCGUGGUUGGAACACCUGGCCGCAUCCUCGCUCUGAUCCGGAACAAGACCCUGAGCCUGAAGAACGUCAAGCAUUUUGUCUUGGAUGAGUGUGACAAAAUGUUGGAGCAGCUCGACAUGAGGCGUGACGUUCAGGACAUCUUCAGGAUCACACCUCAUGAGAAGCAGGUCAUGAUGUUCAGCGCCACGCUGAGUAAGGAGAUCCGACCAGUGUGCCGCAAAUUCAUGCAGGAUCCUAUGGAGGUGUUUGUGGACGACGAGACCAAACUGACGCUCCACGGCCUCCAACAGUACUACUGCAAGCUGAAGGACAGCGAGAAAAACCGCAAGCUGUUUGACUUGCUCGAUGUGCUGGAGUUCAAUCAGGUGGUGAUCUUCGUCAAGUCUGUCCAGCGCUGCAUCGCUCUGUCUCAGCUUCUGGUGGAACAAAAUUUCCCUGCCAUCGCCAUCCACAGGGGAAUGGCUCAGGAGGAAAGGCUGUCUCGCUAUCAGCAAUUCAAGGACUUCCAGAGGCGGAUCCUGGUGGCCACAAACCUCUUUGGCCGAGGGAUGGACAUCGAGCGAGUCAAUAUCGUUUUCAACUACGACAUGCCAGAAGACUCUGACACCUAUUUGCACAGGGUUGCUCGUGCUGGUAGGUUUGGGACCAAAGGCCUGGCUAUAACCUUUGUGUCUGACGAGACCGAUGCCAAGACCCUGAAUGAUGUGCAGGACCGCUUUGAGGUCAAUGUGGCCGAGCUGCCAGAUGAGAUCGACAUCUCCUCUUACAUCGAGCAGUCCAGAUGAGUCCUCCGGCCCAACAGAAGGCUCCUCCACGGAUCUUGUCUUGUAUUUGGAAGUAGACGUACUUCACUGUUGAUUUGAAAUCUCUGCGUGUUCCCUUAUUAUGUUCACCAAACAUUUUAUUUUUAUUGUUAGUUUUUUGGGGGACGGGGGGGGGGUUAUGGUUUUAAUUUGUCUUUUUUCCGGUUUGUUUUUUGCUUAAUGACAUUAAAACUUUUUAUAAAAUGCCAUUUUACUUUUGUGGUCUCUUACGAGGCUAUUUGUCUCUACCCCGUUAUCAUUGAUCUCACUGUUGAGCAGCGUUUCAGGGAAGCAUUCAGAGACGUCAUCCUGAGGAACAUGUGUCCACCGUUUUUAUCUUUUGUUUUUCUUUAUAUCCAAGCUAGAUUUGUAUAAGACGUUUUCCCCCAGUGCUAAAAGUUGAUCUUUAGAUAGUAAUUCUGCAGGCAUGUAGUGUUAUGUGAGUGAAGAGACACAUUUGGCUCAUAUGGCAGCUGUUUUUAUGACUUUCUAACUGAAUGCCUCCAAUAAACAGUCACUAAGUGAA